ACAUCAGCGCCUCGCAAAGCAUGCAGUAGUGUUCCUGUCAUUUUCUUUUUGAGUGUUUUGUAAAUUGAUUUACACGUUCUAUCUAUUUUAUUCGAUCCGGUGAUCGAAUUUGUCGUUUCCCAACGUGACUUCGAAAUCAUCGUUACAGAGAUUACAACACGCCGCGAACACGAUGAAUCAUCAGAUGUUUAAAAUAUACAAUCAGGAAGACUUCGACAGAAUCACGAGAGGAAUAAAAGUUGCACAAUGCAUGCAAUCGAGAACAUCAUCUGUUUCAGAAGCCGAAAGAGUGUUCAGCCAACUUGACGAUUUGGUCGUGUCGGAUUCUUUGUGCUGUUCAUUUUGCAACACGAUAUUCGAAGAUAAAGCGCAACAGAGGCUGCAUUACAAAUUGGAUUGGCAUCGUUACAACUUGAAGCAACGUUUAAAUGGAUUAAAAUCUAUCAGCGAAGACAAGUUCGCCCUCUUAGCUGCCGAAGGUGAUGUUUCGAGCCUGUCUGGGAGCGAUACUGAUUCUGAGAAUGAAGAGGAAACGUACACCUCGGAAGCGGGAGGCUCGCCGAGCAUGCAAUCCGACGUUAAAGGCAGUGCCGCUAAGAGCAAGAGGACCGAGAAGAAAGGGAAGAGCACGGAAUCGGUUUCCGAUGGCUCCGACGCGGAAUGCGACGACGUUACGAAGGAGAAAAAGCUGGAAACCUUGUUGAUCACUGCGAGUCGUCAUUCGAAAGUCUUUUUUGAGAACGACGAUGGGAACAUAUUUAGUAUUUACAGGUGUUUGCUUCACAAUAAAAAGGAAAUUCCAGCGGUAGACAAUGAGAUGAUUGCUCAGGCAUUAGACAGUGGAAGGCGGACGACGUGGACUGUUAUCAUGAUUGGUGGCGGUCAUUUCGCUGCAGCUGUGUUUCAAGAUGGUGAACCGGUAGUUCAUAAAACGUUUCAUUCCUACACCGUGCGGGCGAAACAGGGUUUUGCACAAAGUUCGCGCACAACGGCUAAUCAUCAGAAGAGUGCCGGGACUAGUUUACGUCGUUACAACGAAGCAUCUCUCCUUCAGCAUGUGCAAGAAAUACUCGAAUCAUGGUCGCCUCAUAUCAAUGGCUCCUCCCUGAUUCUGUACAGAGCAGUGGGCCCGUAUAACCGCACCGUAUUAUUCGGGGGGAAGAAUCCACCUUUAGACAAGAAUGACUCGAGAUUGAGGCCGUUACCGUUCCCCACUCGCAGGGCGACGUUCAGCGAAGUCAAAAGGGUGUACGAUAUAUUGAGUACUAUGGAGAUCUACGGUUCCGCAGCUGACUUUACGGACUGUUUCCCAAUUUCACCGCGUCAACCGAUCAGAAAGAAAGUGUCGAGAACCGAGGUGACCAACGAAGUGGCGGAGAAAACGGAGAACGGAGAGUGCGAGUCCGACACUGCCAAUGGUGCGCGCAAUCAGCGAGAGGUCGAUAAGACUAAGGUUCCUGUUCAAUCCUCUCCCGAGAGACAGCACAGAAAUUCUCGGUCCCAUAUAGACAGAGCGAAGCCAAGGAAGAGUCCGUGUCGUCCUUUACCCGACAUCGUCGCUAAAUUGGCACAGUCGUCUUCGGAGUCGGAGUUAGACUCGAUUGGUGCUGGUGGCGUUCCGAUGGACGUCUCGUUGAUCGAACAAGAGAUGGAGAUCGACUUCCAUGAGAACCUGCUGGCGUUUCAAGACACCGUGCCGAGAUACAUGAAGAGCAAGAAAGCUCGCCGUCAGAGAAAGAAGGCGAGAAGGGACGGUGAAGCGUGUCCCGUGAACGAGACGUUAGCCAACGCCAGAGUCAAGCUGUGGUCCGCGUGCAAAUUAGGCGACUGUGAAUUACUCUCGUCCACUGUCGACAGUUUAUUCAUUGAAGUAGAGAAGGGCGUGGAGUUAGAACGGAACAAAGAAGACGACGCGGCUGAUUCGAGUUCAAUUAUAAACAGGGACGACGUGACGAAGUUAGUUAACGAUACCAACGAGGACGGGAAUACGAUGUUGCACUUGGCAGCUCUAGGCGGACACUUGAAACUAGUAUGGCAAUUACUUGAAAUCGGAUCGGAUCCUUGCAGUAAGAACAAAAAACUGCAGACACCGUACGCAGCGGCGAACGAUAAGGAAACUAGAAAUACAUUUAGAAGAUUCAUGGGUUCUAAUCCGGACAAAUUCAAUUAUAGCAAAUCUCAAAUACCCGGACCGCUUACCGACGAGAUAGAACAGGAGGAACUGGAAAAAAAGAGACAGCAGAGGAAAAUCAAACGGGAGAAGGACAAAGUGAAGAAGAAGGAGUUCGAACUUAAGAGACAAGAGGAGGACGCGAAACAGAGAUUCCUGGAUCUCAGCGAUCGAGAAAAGAGAGCAUUUGCUGCAGAGCAACGGAUUUUGAAGCAAGGCUGUGCCUUAGUUUCCCGGUGCUUUCAGUGCGGCGUGGACAUGGCAGGUCAGGUGCCUUUCGAAUAUAAUUCUAAUCGUUUCUGUUCGAUGCCGUGCUUGAAAGAACAUCGACUUCGUAACAAAGUCGUCGCUUGAUGAACGCGUGGACACCGUCAGAGCGUCAGUGUUGUCCGCCGAAUCGGGCGGUCGAGCUACAUCCUCACAAACCGCUAUCCUUUUUAUCUUUGUUACGUUUCAAUUACGAUGAGACGACGGUGCACACGAAAGUUCGUACGAGGUUCGAUUCGAACGUACGUGUCAAUGUCUGUGAACAAUGGAACUUUCGAUAGCCGGUAUUCAGUGUGGUUACUUAUUUUUAAGAUCGCCUCAAGCAUUUCUUAUCCCUGUCUAUCCUAUAUAUCCGGUCCCCGUCGCUUACUGGAAACAGGGACUUGAGCAAAUGUUUGAGGCAAUCUUAAAAAUAAAUAACGAUUCUGAGUACCGGCGUACGGAACGAUUUGAUGAGCUCGUGAGGUAGUUACGAUGAUAUUUAUGAGAUGCCAUGUCUGAUGUAAUGGUAAGUGGUAAUUCGAGGCGCAUUGCAACUGUGUGGUGCGCAUUUUAUCUGAGUAAAAGUUUCUUAGAGAUUUUUAGGAACGGAAGUGUUGUGAGGUGUAAUAAAUGGUAUACAUAUAAGAAUUUGCACAAUACAUGCAUUUUGAGAGAAGGUGCGACGAAAUGUUUCGAUGCUCAUCGUGUCCGUUCGCUCGUGUUUCUAAUCUCGACGUAAGAUUAAAUUAUGCAGAGUAGGUAGUAUACAAAGAACUCGUGUUUAUUAAAAAUUAAAUACAUGUCGGUUACAUUUGAA